AUGGACAAGCCGCAAAGACAAACCGAGGUCUCUCGGCUCCUUCUGCUUCCACCAGAGGUCCGCCUGCUGGUCUACCGCUAUCUGUUCUCGUCAACUCGCCUUACCCACGGCCAACGACCAAUCACUCGCAUUUCCGCCAUGCACCAGAUGAUGAAGCCUGCGCCCAAUUCUCUGGCCAUUCUUCGUUCCUGCCGAUACAUCAAUCGAGAGAUCGGAAGCUCCUGGCUCGGCCACGUCUUGUUCGCCUUUGAGAGACUCCAUGACCUGCUUGAAAAGCUCUCAUCGAUACCGAGGCCUUUCGUUGAGCAGAUUCGUCACAUCCGUGUUGGCUCACAGCCGAUUCUACUGCCGUCACCCCCGCAGUACGGGAAUAGCGUGUUCGUUAGGCUUGUCUGGGCCCUGAAGCUACUUCCUGGCUUACGCCUUGAUACACUGACGGUUCUCGGCGACCAUGGGCCUGACGUUGCAUACAUUACUCUAGACGAUCUAGUCAACUGCGGGAAUAAAUGGAGAGAGCUACAUUACAUCACAGGGGAUUCCAAGAUGCUUGGCUUCCGAAGGUUGCGAUCCAUUAAUGGGGUAUACGGGCGUAUGCCCCAGCCUAGCACCUGGAGCCGCGUGAUGGCUGAGCGGGAUGGGGUGGACUCUGGCGCCUCCGUCACCAUAUAUCGAUCCACCCAAACAAACACACCAGGCGCCGUCACCAACCCCUAUAAUCGUCAACGGUUCGAGCAGGAGCUACAACUUGGUGAAAGACUCGAGAGCUUUGGAGUUGAUGAAGACCCGGAGCUUAUGCACGAAGAUAACGCUCGGAAAGAGCUGCUGGUAAUUGUCCGGCGUGGGCAACAUGCUGAAAUAGCGGAGGAUACCGCGUGGCCUUGCCAUAAAGAUGACAUACGACUCGCAUCGAGAGCCAUGACUUGGCCGGAAAUCAAGGACAUGUAUGAGUGGCAGCCGUCGGACAGUGAGGACGAGACUGGAUAUGGGGAGGUAGAGCAGCUCGUCGAGUACGAUAGCUAUAUUGAUGUCGACGAGUACACAAUCAUACCCCUCGAUUAG